UUGUCAACUCCACGUGGUAGAUUGCGGUUAAAACAGGCAUCAAUGCGCGCGUGAAUGUCGUAGGAUCAAAUUUGAGAACAAGGUCUACAUCAUUAAAACAAUGAUUGCGUUAGAAACGGCAGAAAGAAUGAACAAGUCGCCUAAAAAACCGAAAAUUGAACUACGAUUCGUAAGCGAUAAGGCUGAAUCGUCGGACGAUGGGGACGUGGACUCAGGUCAGGACACCGAGGAAAAUAUUGUCGAGAGUGCGGAUGAAGGUGACAUAGAAGAUGCAUCGGGGAGUAAUGAUGCAGAAUCAGACUCUGUGGAAGAAAAGGACGAUUUGACUGCCCCAAAUUCCGACAGCGAUAAUGACAAAUCCAUAGGAAAUCCCGGGUGGGCAGACGCGAUGAAAAAAAUAUUACGAACAAAAAAGCCCAAACGCAAGACAACCAUAGUUUUAUCAAAGGCGAAAAAAUUGUGCGAUGUAGUACCGAAAGCUAAAAUAGAUAGCCCUGGUUUUGAAGUCGACGGGAAUGACAAGAGUGUUACGGAAGAAGCAUCAAAAGAAUUGAAAACAAGCCAAGAUAAGCAAGAAAAAGAGGCGGAACAUGGUAUGAGGAAAAGAAGAGAGAUAGAUCUUGGAAUUAGGGUAAAACCUACGCCGCUUGAUAGAGAACGAGAAAGAACAUUACAGAAAAUAGCGACAAAGGGUGUAGUACAGUUAUUCAAUGCUGUACGCCAACAGCAAAAGGAUAUCGACAAACGUUUGGAAGAAGCCGGACCACUGGAAAGGAAACGUGAAAUGGUUUUGAAAAAUAUUGACAAACGGGCAUUCUUAGACGUUCUUAUGGGUGGUACUAAGAGCAUCUCCGUUGACGGUCCAGUUAAAACUGAAAAACAAAACGACAUGCAAAUGGAAAAGGACGAUAACGAAAAAACGUGGAAUGUUCUGAGGGACGAUUUCAUGAUGGGAGCAAAGUUGAAAGAUUGGGACAAAAAUGCAGAGGACGAUGAAGCGGAUUCGUCCGCCCCUGAAGAAAUGGACAGCGAUGAUUGAGUCUUCUAAACCAUAAACAAUUAGUGAAGAACUACAAGGCUCAUAUCAAAGCCGAAUAAAUAACAUUAAUUAAAAUAUUGACGUUGCAACAACAGCGUACAAUGAUGAAAUAGAAUUUGCUUGGGCAACCAGUACGUCAAGUAUUUAGAAAGAUGGAAAUAUAUU